AUGGCGUCUCGACAAUCGACACUGUCAAGUUUUUUUAAUGUGUCAAACGUAAGAACGGCUCAGUCAUCAGAGAAAAAGACCAGCUACGAAAUAAAACGAAAACGUUGCUGGGUCGAGUCUUGUGGAAAUGCUUUUCCUGGACUCAGAGACAGCGAGAAUGGUUUGAUAUGUGGGACUUGUGAAAGGCACAGGAACUUAGCUGGAAGUUCCUCAUUCCUGACAGGGUGCAUCAGCUACCGUAUCACUACGAUUCAGGCGCACUUCGCUACAGCUUCACAUAUUCGAUGUAGAGAAACUGAUAUGGUUGCUGAGCGCCAACAUGAGGGAAAUGUGCCAGGUCCCAUGGAUGCAGUUUUAAACAGGCUUAGCGAUGAGGAGGCAGCGUUAUUGAAGCAAAAGUUCAACACUGCAUACUUUGUCAUGCACCAUGAAAUGCCAUGGACUGUCUAUCCAAAUCUUCUAAAACUCCAAGUGAAGAACGGAUCCAACAUCAACUUCUUGAAGUCUUACCAGUCUGACAAAGCAUGCUCAAGAUUCGGAGGAUAUAUAGCGCAAGCAGUCCGGGAGCCCAUUCAAGCAGCACUUCAAGAGGCAAAAAGCAUUUCAGUCAUGUUUGAUGGUGCCACUGACUGUAGUGUGUCUGAGGUAGAGAUCAUCUAUUGCCGACUAGUAAAGGAUGGAGUUCCAAGGGAGUACUUUGUUGGUCUACAGGAACUCGAGCAUGCCCACAGUAAUGGUGUAUUCAGCGCAAUCAAUGAGGCCAUGAUUAAGUUUGGAUGCCAUGACUGGUUAGAUAAGUUGGUGGGUGCAGGGUCAGAUGGUGCAUCUGUAAAUAUUGGAAGAAACAACAGCGUCAAAACCCGAAUGAUGGAAGGGCGACAGCAUGUUGUAUUCACACACUGUGUUGCACAUCGACUGGAGCUUGGGGUUCUUUCAGGAAUCAAAGACCAUCCCAUGCUUGUUACAGUGCAGGAGAUGCUUUACCAAAUGCACAAGCACUACCACUACUCCCCGAAGGCAUUAAGAGAAUUGAAGACCAUAGCUGAGACCAUGGAAGAUCGGUUCAUUAAGCCACAGCGGCUUCAGGGGACAAGAUGGCUUCCACAUGUGAUGAAAGCAUCAGAUGCUCUGAUGAAGGGGUACUCUGCAAUACGUACUCAUUUUGAGCAUGUAUCGCAGGCUGGACCAAAUCAAGCUACGGAUGCAGUGAAGGGAAGGGCAAAACAUCUGGCAACCAAACUUCAAGACUGGCGAGUGCUACGUUUCAUGGCCUUCCUUCAGGACUUACUUCAGGUGGUUGCACAGCUUAGUCUUACAUUUCAGACAAGCUCUAUCACAGCUCUAGAGUACCUCGACGCUAUGGAGAUGGCAAACCUGAUGCUGGUGCAACUUCAGGCAGAACCUGGAGAAAAAUUCCUAGAGUUCACCAGUCACAUCCAUCAAAAUCAGGACGGCUGUUGGCAGUUUAAGGGACAACCAAUUAAACACUUUGACCCAGACAGGCUGUACGACUUCCGUAAUGUGGCAGAAAGCGUCAUGGACAAAAUGAACGCCCGGUUUGGCCACCAAGACCCUGUUAUUCAGGCGGCAAGAGUCUUUGACUGCAAAGACUGGCCACGAGACAGGCAAGCGUUGGCACUCUAUGGUAAUGCAGAAAUUACCCAGCUGGUAGCUCAUUUCAGUCAUGUAUUGGUGAGACGUGGGUGUGAUGUUGCUAUGAUCCCUCAAGAGUGGACUUCAAUCAAAGCCAGCCUUUCCAGGAGAUUUAGGAACGCAGCUGUGUUGCCAACAAUACAGGAGGUCCUUCACUCUGCUGGUCCAGACAACAUUGCCCACCUCAUUGAGGUCAUCCUGACAUUGCCAAUGUCAUCUGCUGUCUGUGAAAGGGGGUUCUCUGCUGUAAAGAGAAUCAAGUCAGACUGUAGAGCCUGCCUUAACACCGAAACUUUGGACAAUUUACUGUGUGUUUCACUUGAAGGUCCAAGUCUUGAGCGAUUCAAUGCCACACGAGCUGCACACCUGUGGUGGACCCGGGGCCAACGGCAGCGUCGUCCAAACUUUGGAAAUGAGAGUGACACUGAUGAUGAUGAUUUAUAA